UUUGUGUGUGUAACUGUGUGUGUGUGUGUGUGUGUGUGUUUGUGUUUUUGUGUUUGCACAAAGAAAGAGCGAUCCAGACAGAUAGAGGGUUUUUAAGUUAACCUUUUAACUUGCCAUUGACAACAGUACAUACAACAUUGCUUCUUUAUAUGUGAAAUGUAAUAAAAUUAAUAUUGUGUCAUUGCAAAACUUAUAAAAAAUAUUUAACUGUUCUUUGCAUUUUGGAAUUUAUAACAACUCUGACUGAUCUGAGUUUCUAGGUUUCCUUGCCAUGGCAGCUUUGAUUGGUCGAAAUGUAGGCUGCCGAGAUAAAAAACAGGAAAUGUCAAAACAUUGAUGAAUGGAUAGUUUUAUGUUUUUCCCCCUUUACGAUUGAGGUUAUCAGUUUCCGGCUGUGAGUCCUACAUCUAUGUCCAGUACUCAGGACAAAGGAUGUGGAGAGAGACUGGGAAAGAAUGCGACUACAUACAUACAGUAUAGUGGCUCUCUGUUGGAAUACAUUAAUCAAAACGACCGUGUUGUAACACAUUUGCACGUUUUCUGGACACGUGUAUAAAGUAAAAUCUAUAGUGUAUUGGCAUGGUUGACAUAUAAAUGAUGAGGAAUUGUAUAAUAUAAUCUCUUGAAUUAAAUUUAUAGAGCAUCUAGUUGUUGCUUUGGACGGAAUAGUAUAGUUAGGUGCUUUGGCGGCUAAUUAACGAAUUAACCUAUUGUUUGUUCUCCCAUGUUUACCACCCGUCUCUGUACCUCUGUCUACCUGUUCAUUACAGCUUCAAAUACACCUUUUCCUUCCUUUUUUAAAAUUCUUUCUCCCUCCCUUUCUUUCCUUCUUCCUCUCUUUCUUUCUUUCUCUUUUUCUCAGACCCCCCCUCCUACUAUCUCUUCUUCUGUGCACGCCCCUCCCUCUCCUCUUCUUCUGUGUCACGGUGCUCACCCCCUCCCCCCUCUCUCUCUCUCUCUCUCUCUCUCUCUCUCUCUCUCUCUCUGUCUGUCUGCCUCUCUCUCCCAGCCCUCUUGGCAGCGGUGCCAAAGUGGGCAGGCAGAGCAGCAUGAGCGCAGUGCUAGGCAGAGUGGAGGGUUAUCCAGGGGCUGGCAGUCAGAACUAGCGUAUGUAUGCGUGUGUUCCGAGUCCUGUGUGUUUGUGAGCAUCAGUCUUCUCGUUAAUGUGACACCAUGGUUCGGGUGUGUGUGUGUGUGUGUGUGUGUGUGUGUGUGUGUGUAUCCGAGCAUUAUAUUUCCGUAUUGCGACCGUACGCAAUUGUGUGGUAGAGUUUAUUUCUUUCUUUUUUCAGUUUUUAGAUUUCUCUCUUUGGGAACAGGGUGCAAGAUACUGGCAAUGGUUCUCCGCGUGGGUUUUUUGAGGUGUGUGUGUGUGUGUGUGUGCGUGUGUGCGUCCUCGUGUGUGUGUGUCAGCAGACAUCCCUCUGUCACCCAGUGUAUAGACAGACGCAGUCACGCCAGUAGGAGGGGAUUGUGGGAAGGGGGUGUAGCUGUUAGAGAUUGUGCUCUCCUUCUCUCUUCCCCCCUCUUCCCGCCAUCACGGCCCUCUUCUCCUCCAGUCCUCUUGCCCAGGCCGGCGCUCACACACAGGCUCCAGGUAUUUUCCUCUUUUUUUGUAAUCCAGUGGCACCUUUCUCUGUUGCCAGACCCCCCACCUGUUUCUCUUUAAACAACAUUUGAAUUGUACUUUUGUGUUUUCUUUCUCGGUCCUCUGUUGUGCUGGCCCGUGCCACUGUUAAACGUAUAUAUAUAUGUGUCUUCGCCUGCUGCCACGCCACACUCCGCCGGCCGCCAUUUUGGCUCGGUAGGACUCACCGGGAGAAACUUCUCACAAAGCCGGGAAAGGGGACUCUGUGAUUCCCUGCUGCCCCUCACGACUUUUCUUUUCCUCCUCUCUCGCUCUCUCUUCCCCUCGUUCCUCGCGUUCAUCUCUCUAUACAGCUCUCUUCCUGUCCUCCUGUCUGCUUGAGAACAGGGCCCUGAUGUGUGUGUGUGUGUGUGUGUGUGUGUGCGCGCGCGAGUAUGCCCGUGUUUGUGGUAAACAGUGUUUCUAAUGGUAUUCCGUAACGAACAGGUGUCUCUUUAUAGACUUUCAGAAGAAGGGGACAGGCCCUUUUCAGUGUUACUUUCCUGCUCUCAGAAAGUUUCCUCGUAUGUUAACGCAGUGAGCCCCGGGAUGGGCUCUGGUGAGUGUAGCCUGAGCUAGGCUAGGCAGCUUGCUAAGUGGCUACACCCACACAGGCACACAGGGACACUCAGCAGGGCUCUUAUCUGCCAGACUGCUCCCGGGGGUUGAUACCAGAGCCAUGUUGACUAUGUUUACCCGCUCUCGCACUCCGAAUACUGGCCCAACAUUCUUUGCACUUUUUUCCACCGUGAUCAUACCGCCGCUGUCACGCCCUUGUUGUCGUGUAGCCGUGGUUGUUGCUCACGAGUAUACUCAUCUACUGGAUGAACGUUUUGGUGUUUUUCCUGGUAUGAUCGACAUUUUGUAAGGAUGGGAUACUGUCUCGUCUGUGAGUAUUACACUGCAGUGUGGAAUGCUUUGCAGUUUACCAGGAAACCAAGAAGAAACGAAUCGAGGCCCCGCCGUUCAGGGCACAAAGACGCAAAUUGUUUUGCAGAUUAAUUGACACAAAAAGGGAUAGAAGAUUGCUUCAUUUUUGACGUAGGAAACAAAUAUUUGACAUCGAAGUCAACUGUUCACUGCAAAUUCCACUGCGACAAAUGCGCCACUGUUGGCCUCUUUCUUUGAUGGACAAAAGCUAAUAUGUAAAAAUGCUGAUCUCUAAUUUGAUAAUAUUCUCGUUUUAGAAAUGAUGGAUCGCGUUCCCGAACAUAUUGAUGGCUAAUGUGGCGUACAUUCAAAAACGCUAUAACGAGAUUUGCUGUAAUAGCUUCACCCUAGAAGGCCGUGCAAAGAUGGCGUCCUGGCGCCACGUGUUCAGGAGACUGCGAUUGACAGAUGAACCAUCUUCGUACUCUACAUCCCUGAAAAUUCAUAGACAAAAUACCUUCGCUCCAGCUGCUGUAAAGUUAAAUAUCAUCAGUGUUUUAAUUUGGUGUUCGAAGCGGCUGCUUAGUGAGAACAAAGGAUCAGACGGAAUUAUUCACAGUAAAAUACAAAAUAUAAAACCCAACUUGAUCGUGUUUUGGAUAUUUGAGAUUGAUCAAAUAGAAUGUGUUAACAGGAGGGGGAGCAGGGAGGGAGAUAAAGAGAAAGAGAAGUGGGAGUGCCGUGUCUCCUCCCCCCUCUGUUAUCCUCAGAUGAACUUAUCAUGUUGCCUCAUAAUGCUGCCUUUUUUUCCUUUUUUUUGUCGGAGGCAGCUGAGCUCACUUCCUGAAGGCAGCCCCCACUUAGCUGAUUGGUUGAUAUCUCGCUUACCCAGCCGUUGCUGCAGUAAAGCAACAGGAAGUGCGCCUGUUCUGGCAGGAAACAACAACAGCAGCUCCAUACUUGGACAUGAAUCUCAUCUGUGAGGAUCCUGGAUGUUGCAACACAAGAAUGCUGUCCUUGGGGCUGAGGUAGUAGAUUGAAUAGUUGUGGGGUUGUGCACCCCAAUCUGAGAUAACUAUACAAUCUACUGUCUUUCCUAAGGAGACAGCCAGGUCAGCCAAUCCGCAGCAGCCAUCUCUGAGUCAGCAUUACAGCCGCCAUAUCAAAUCAUCUCUUUUAUUUAUCCUCCAUGUCUUCGUCCAGAAACAGACCGACUGUGACUGGGUCUAGAUGGGGUCGUGUUCAGGUUCCUAUGUGUUCUGUCAGGGUGAGGUAGUAGGUUGUAUAGUUUGGUGGGAGGGAUCAGCCCUGCUCAGGUGAUAACUAUACAGUCUAUUGCCUUCCCUGAGGACCACACUAAACGCAUACAAAGGACCAUCAACAGAAGAACAUCAUUAUUUCAAUGUCAACGUAUCAUUUAGGAAAUUGAAAAUGUUUGUUCAGAACAAGAUUGUUUCAUAAGUGCUUUGUUUCAUAAGAGUUAUGCUUGUCAUUCUAAAUAUUUUAUAGUUCAAAAGCUGAGGUUUUUUAUUUGAUUGUACUUUAUCUGUGACUAGUUUAAGGCGUGAAAAAUUGUUUUUUAAUUUAUUGAUGUAAAUAAACUAUGAAGCCUUGAUUAAUAAAGUUUGACGGAUGACAUAUAGAAA